AUGCGACAUCAAACAAAAAUUUACAAAUUGAAAUGGGGCAGUCAUAUUAUUGACAAUGAAGACGGAAUUAUAUAUGGAGUGAACGAUCCAUUAACUCUUGAACUCAAAGAUUUUGAAAAAUAUGAAAAAUCAUUAUACCCCUUCAAGAGGAAACUUCCCGAUUUAAAAGAAUAUAACCAAAGUAACAUAUCACAAGAUUAUCAACUGAAAAAGAAACCACCUGAUUUAAAAGAAUAUAACGAAAGUAACGUAUCGAAAGACUGCCCAUUGGAGAACAAAACACAUAACUUAGAAGAAUAUAAUGAAAGCCACCUCGCAAAGGAAAAUAUAUUAACACAUAAUUCGGAAUUAAAGGAACCAGAAUUAAAGGAAUCCAAAAUAAAAGAACCAAAAAUUGAUGCUGAAUCAAGUAGUCAUGCAAUGGAGGAAAAUAUAAAUGCCCUGCCAGACGACACUGUAAGUACUGCAGAAAAGGGAAAUAAUGCUGUUACGGAAGGUAACAAUUUUGGAAUAUCAGGAAAUAUUCCCUCCGAUGUAGAUCAAAUCGAGAGAACUGUAGAAACUGUAAUCUCUGCCUUCAAGGAAGAUGACAUAGGGGACAUAGAGGAAUAUAUCGAAACACAUGAAAAAAAACAACUUGAAGUGGGACCAAAAAAUUAUGGAUUAUUAGAUUUUUUCUCCUUUCCUUUGCAUCAUCUUUUGGGUCGUAAUGUAUACUUGCUAGAAAAAGAGCGUUCGUCCUUAUACGAAUUGGGGAAAAAAGCUACAAAAGGUCAGUUAACCCAAGAAUUGAUCAAUAAGUAUCUUGCUAAUUGUGAGGAAGAAGGAUUGAAGGAAGAAAACGUGGAAAACAAGCACAAAUUAAAAAUUAAAGAACAAAAAAGAAAGGAAAGGGAGAAAAGAAAGAGGCAGAAAGAAAAGAAGGCGCAUUUUGAAAAGAGAAGACAAGAAAAAUUGUUGCGAAAGAAGAUGGCCAACACGGGGGUGAACGCUGAGGGGGAAAAGGCUGAGGCAAAAAAGCCUGAAGUAAACAAAACUCAGGUGAAAAAAACUGCGGUAAAGGAAAACAAUGAGGAAAAAAAGAAAUCUCAAGAGGGAACCAAAAAAACGAAUGAGAAUAGUUCAUAUUUCAGAGAUGCAAACGAAUUGAUGAUGAAUGCACACGAUGAUUUAUUAAACGGAAUCAUGCAGAAAUAG